AGUUAGAAGAUAAGUAUUUAGAUCAUUAGUUUAACUAACUUGAUCCUGCGCCUCGUGAGCUCUCACCUGACAUUCUCUCAGUCAACUUGAUCUCUGUAAACAAUGGAAAAUAUUCAGCACAGCCAUGUACAAGCUAAAGGACUAAAGCUUCAUGUCGCUGAGAUUGGAAAUGGUCCUAAGGUGGUGGUAUUCUUGCAUGGAUUCCCGGAAAUUUGGUAUUCAUGGAGGCACCAGAUGAUUGCCGUGGCUAAUGCUGGCUAUCGAGCAAUUUCUGUUGAUUUUAGGGGUUAUGGACUCUCAGAGCAUCCAUCAGAGCCAGAGAAGGCAACGUUUAAUGACUUUGUUGAUGAUGUUGUUGCCCUUCUUGACUCUUUGGGCAUCAGUAAGGCGCAUUUUGUUGCAAAGGAUUUCGGAGCCUUCGUAGCAGCCAUGCUGGCUAUACUCUACCCUGAAAGAGUGUCCACCAUCAUCUUACUAGGCGUUCCUUUCCUACUACCAGGUCUCGCUCCUCUUCAGAGUCAACUUCCUCUCAUUCCACCAGGCUUUUAUAUGCUAAGGUGGAUGGUGCCAGGAAGAGCUGAAGCAGAUUUUGGACGCUUUGACAGGAAGACGGUGGUGCGAAAGGUUUACACUAUGUUCUCUGGAAGUUUACCCCCGGUUGCUGCUGAUGAUAAUCAGGAGAUUAUGGACUUGGUUGACUCAUCUACUCCACUACCACCAUGGUUCAGUGAGCAGGAUCUUACAGAGUAUGGAUCUUUAUAUGAGAAAUGCGGGUUCCGUACUGCACUGCAAGUUCCAUACAGGACUAUGAUGGUGCCCUGUGGUCUGGAUGAUCCGAAAAUCACAGCUCCAGGACUUCUCAUCAUGGGAGAGAAAGACUACGCCAUGAAAUUUCCAGGGCUCGAAGACUACAUCAGGACUGGCAAAAUCAAGGAGUCUGUCUAUACCGACAAAGGAUAUACUAACGGUUAUAAAUUUGUUGGAAUAGAUAUUUUGAUCGUCAGUAUAAGUGAAUGGAAAAGAGGAAAAAAUGGAAAAAAUGUGAAAGAGGAAGACAAUAAUGGAAAAUAUAAAAAGGAUGGGAAAGAUGCCAAGAAUGGCAAAAGUUUAACUCCAACUGCAUUCGAUAUUGUUGUAGAAACUACACCUGUAUCACCAAAUAGAGAUAUUGCUGCUAAUAGUGCUCCUAAACAACCAAAACCAAAUACUGCAGCUUCAACCGAGGCUUAUAUGAUAGCUAAACCAGAUGCCGAUGCUUCUAAGUGA